AUGGAUUCAUUUCAGAGUGAACAGAUGUUGAGCUUGCCCGCCGAGCUGGGCAGCAGCAACUUACAGCAGUCGGAGCCGGUGGAUCGGGCAGCAUCAGCUGCCGGAGUAGACACCGGUCCCCACCCGGAGGAGGCUACAGAGAGUCCGGAACCUCUACCGACGCGGGAGCCAGAGCAAGAGCAGACUCCGAGGAACUCGACGCUCCAGGAGUGCAAAGUCCUGCUCACACAGGCGGACGCCUUGGCGUCAGGUGGGCGCCUCCGGGAAGCUCUCGAGGUGUACAGACAGCUCUCCGAGCGGCAGCUGCUGGUGGCCGAGCAGCUGGAGCAGCUGGCGCGCUGCCUGGCCAAAAGCAUCCCGCAAGAUGAGGCACUGGUGCCGGCGCCCUCGGCGAGUAGCGCGACAAGCUGCACUGUGGCGGCGGAAGAGGCAGGGGCGGCAGCGGCCACCGAGGUGUGGGACGGCUUUAAGUGCCGGAAGUGUCAUGGAUUUCUGUCAGACCCCGUGUCCUUGUCGUGCGGCCACACCUUUUGUAAACUGUGUCUGGAACGUGGGCGGGCAGCCGAUCGCCGCUGUGCGCUGUGCGGGGUCAAGCUUUCCACGUUGAUGAUGGCCUCUGGACGGGCGCGUGGGGCCCGGAGGGCUGGACAGCAGGCGCCGUCGCCGUUACGGGUCAACGUGGUGCUCAGCGGCCUCCUGGGCAAGUUGUUUCCGGGCCCUGCACGGGCAUCGAAACUCCGGCACGAGGGCAACCGGCUGUACCGUGAGCGCCAGGUGGAGGCGGCGUUGCUGAAGUACAAUGAGGCAGUUAGGCUGGCUCCAAAUGAUCAUUUGCUCUACAGCAACCGUUCUCAAAUUUAUUUCACCUUGGAGUCUCAUGAGGAUGCACUGCAUGAUGCAGAAAUAGCAUGUAAGCUUCGCCCAAUGGGUUUUAAGGCACACUUCAGAAAAGCGCAAGCCUUAGCCACCUUAGGCAAGGUGGAGGAAGCACUGAGAGAAUUUCUCUACUGUGUAUCACUAGAUGGAAAGAACAAGAGAGCAAGAGCUGAAGCCCAAAGGCUUCUCUUUAGUUUCUUUUCACCAUCAUUUCCGGGGGAUUCUCAUGAACAUUCUCCCGAUAUCCUGAAGCUGUUGGCACCUCACCCUAGAUUAAAGGAACAAGUAGAGUCAAUGGCUACUGAAGGCACCAGAAAUAUUCUACAGGGAAAUCUAGAGCUCCCACAUUGUUCUAGUCAAGAGGAAGCAGUAGCCAGGGGAGAUGCCAGCAGUUUGAUGACUACAGCUCAAGUUAAGGUGAAUAGUCAGCAAGACAACAUGAAAGACAAAGAAGAAAAGGAGGAUAAGUGGAAUGCUGCCUCUCCAGAUGCUGCCUCUGUCAAGACUGGCAAAUGCCAGGAAAAGAAAAGGAAACAUUGCCAAAUUGAACCCCAAGAAGACGCAGAGGUGCCUAAUAAAGUCUCAAAACAAGAUCCUCCCACUGAUCAGGGGGCCAAGCCUGAUCUCAGUAUUCCACUUGUAUCUUUUGACGCAUCUGACCUUGAAUGCUCCCUGUGUAUGAGAUUAUUCUAUGAGCCAGUGACAACACCUUGUGGGCAUACCUUCUGUUUAAAAUGCCUUGAAAGAUGCCUAGAUCACAAUGCAAAGUGUCCAUUAUGCAAAGAUGGCCUUGCUCAGUGCUUGGUAUCAAGAAAAUACAGCAAAAAUGUAAUAAUGGAAGAGCUAAUAGCUAAGUUCCUUCCAGAGGAACUAAAGGAACGAAGAAGGCUUCAUGAAGAAGAAAUGGAAGAACUGUCUAACUUAAAUAAGAACGUGCCUAUUUUCGUGUGCACUAUGGCCUAUCCCACUGUUCCUUGUCCCCUACACAUCUUUGAGCCUUGUUACCGCCUGAUGAUUCGCAGAUGUAUCGAAACAGGUACAAGACAGUUUGGCAUGUGCCUUGGAGAUCCUGUCAAAGGGUUUGCAGAAUAUGGCUGUAUCUUAGAGAUCAGAAAUGUUCAAUUUUUUGCCGAUGGUCGCUCUGUGGUUGACAGCAUAGGCAAGAGGCGCUUCAAGGUGCUCCAUCAGGGUCAACGAGAUGGCUACAACACAGCUGACAUUGAAUACAUUGAAGAUCAAAAGGUUCAGGGAGAGGAUUGUGCUGAACUUAUGGGAUUGCAUAACUGUGUCUAUGAGCAAGCGGCAUCAUGGUUUCACUCACUCAAAUCAUCUCUGAAGAAUCGGAUACUCAGUCACUUUGGUCCAAUGCCAGAAAAAGAUGCUGAUCCCCAGAUCAACCCAAAUGGUCCUGCCUGGUGUUGGUGGACAUUAGCUGUUCUUCCCUUGGAAAGCCGCGCUCAGCUCCCAUUCCUAGCAAUGAGGUCUUUAAAAGAUAGAUUGAACGGUAUUCGGCGAGUCCUGGCCUUUAUAUCCCGAAACCAAAACUAGCAAGAUUGGAUCGUUGAAGAGGAACUCCCACCCUCCCCAUUGCCUUGGGGAAGUCUUCUUGUAAAUAUUUCUAAUUGCAAUAACAUCUUAACAGAAGGGGGGUAUCAAGCAAACAGAGGCAUUACUCUGCUUUUGAUCACACAGACAAUUAAAUCAAGUAGAAAGACCAAAAGAAUGUGACCUGUUUGGAACUUUCUGUCUUAAGAUGCUUCUUGAAAUGCUGCAUAACUACAUAAAUAGCAGAGGUGUUUAAGAACCCAGGAAAAAUUGAUUUUAACAAAAAUUUUUUUUCCUGAAAGUUUAAGACAAUUUUGCUUUAAUUUGUCUUUCAUAGAUGAAUAACUAUGUGAUUGAAAUGUGAAGCAAAGAUACUAAUAAUGAAUCACGUUGCUGCAUUAUCUCACUGACUUGAGGUCUCAUUCCAAAUGGUUCAGGUUUUAUAGAGCAUUGUGUAAAAUAAUGUUCAUACUUCUGUCUGUUUUAAUAAUUUAUUUUUUGCACUACUGUAUCCUUUUUUCUACAUGUGUGUUUGUAACUAUUUAAGUGUACAUUACUGAAAAGUCCAUUGCUUUAUUUAUUGAUGUAGUUUACCAUGUACCUUGGGGGAAUAACAAUACUAGAAAUGCACAUUUUUUUUUUCCUUUAAUCAGUUUUUACUACAUUGAUCCCAAUUUGGGGACUUUCUAUCUAUCCUGGUGGAUGUUUAAAAGAAUUUCCAAAUGAUGCUAAGGUCAUCUAUUUUCAUAGAAUCCAUUUUUCCAGUUUGAAAUAAACAACAUAAAAUAGCUAAGUGAUUUAGCAAAGAUUAUGGUAGAUGCCAGGUUAUAGUUAAAAAUCCAAUUUCUAUGUGUCAUACAGAACAGGGCUGAAAGAAUUAUUGUUCCAGAAUAAAGACAUGAAUCACAGGAAUGUCUUUUAUGAUAAUCUAUUAUGGGCAUUUUUUUUUUCAGCAAUCUGAUUAGAAGUAUAUUUUUCCCAGUGCAGUCAGGAAUGGGAUUUUAGGCAAGAUAAUAUUUAACCCUUUAGAGGAAAUGGCAUUCAGUUUGGCAUAUUACAGCCAUCCCCCACUAUCCUACAUACCCCACCCCUUUUCAAGGUUCUGAGGAUCAAGACAAUGGGCUAGAAUGUGCUGAAAUACUUGAUGAAGGACUAUUCAAUAUUAAAAAUGUAAAGAAACCAGAUGGGGUAGAAUCCUAAAGAGCCAGACAAUCCAUGAUGUCAUUGUCUAAACACUGUCAUUUUUCCUAGUUACAGUGGGCCACAGUUUUCAAUUGGGGGUGGGGAAGAAGGGUUGAGGAGGUAGGAGUAAGCAUUGUUCAGCUUCUUUAACACUAGUUUGAUUCCUUGGUAUCAGAAGAACCUGAAGUAAUAUCAUGAGUAUGGGACUAUCAUGACAGAGUGAAAAGAUUAGGCUGGGAGGAAGGAAGUUGUUGCAUUCAUACCUUCAGGCAAGUUGUCUCAUCUAUGUGAUUUUGGAUAGCUGUGGUGCAUUAUUCACAGUUGUGAAAAGCAGCCACCUGCAUUAGCUUCACUUCGUGCCUCUUCCUGGUGUAGAGAGAGGGAAGGAAAAGGAGCCAUGUCUGCCUACUCUGUUAAGGUUAGAAGGUCAUGCUCAAGACACUAGGACUUCUAUCACCACCCAUGGCCAUAAAUAGGAAAGGGAGAAUGAAAUGAUCCAGAGACUUGUGUAAGCAGAGACCAAAUGUUUUUCUGCACUUGAUUAAUGGAGUUGUCAGAGCAUUAUGUUACCAGAUUUGAAGUUUGGGGUAGACUGGGCUGGUGAAGAAUAUAUAGAUAGAAUGGAAUAAAGGCAUAGUUAAUUGCUCAAUCAGAUUCUUUAAGUCUCAGGCAGCAAGAAAUUAGAGGCUCUUCCCUCCCAUCUGAUGCCCAACCAAGUGGUCAUAACAUGGUCCUAGUACUGUAGUUUCCUAUUAUCUAGUGUAAACACAAUAAAGAAAAAGGUCAUAUGGUUCCCCAUAUACCAGAUAUGUUACUUUGGUAAGUGAUUUAACUUUGACUGAGCCCCAGUUUCCUCAUCUAUGAAAUGGUGAUGAUAAAUACUGUUAUGAACAGUUGUUAUAAACAUUAAAUGUGAUAUUUCAAAAGUCACACAGCACAGUGCCUUCACAAGGGGGGACAUUCAACAAGUCAUAGCUUUAUUAGAUAUGUUAUAGUUACAAAAUGUCAUCGAAGGCCUACAUUUGCAUAGAACACUGCCUUUACAUGCACUGCCCACUUGCAAUACCUAUAAGCUUGGUGGAAUUUGCACUACUGAUUUUUGCACCAUAACUUGAUGGUUUGCAGCUAAUUUCUUUCGGUGUUAAGUCUGUUUUGGAAAGUGAAAAGACUGGAGAACAAAUGAGGGUCAGAGACAGGGACUAACAUAGACCAGCAAACAUUUUCUCAUUUCCAUAAGAGCUAAAAAUUAAUGUUGCUUGAAGGUCUAGAAUUUUGGAUGGGAUGGAAUCCUUAAGUUGUUGCUCCAUUAUAAUAACCAAGUCAUCACUCCUUGUUCUCCAGAAACUCACCCAUUACAGGGUGAUUGGAUUUUACAAUCUAUGACUUGUGUACUUAGUUCAUGGUAUUUUUUUUAUGCCGUCCAAAAUAACAGAUUCAACAAAAAUGCAUUGGAAGCCUAUGAUGUACUGGGUACUAACCCAGGUGAUGUCACUUAUAUUAGCUCAUUAUAUCAUUUUUUUUUCUCAGAGCAGUUAUUAUCUCCAUAUUAUGGAUGAGAAAACUGAAGCUCAGCAAUAUUAAAUACUUUGCCCAGAUAAUAUGGUCAUCCAGCAAGUAACCAUUCUUGAUUUUGAACUUUGCAGACAAACAUAUUUAAUAGUUUGUGUUAUACAUAAUAUUAUUUAACAGGCAUGGCAGGCACAUCACAAAAGCACCCCAAAAGCUCACAAUGGAAGGUUGCCAGUAAAAUGAAGUUACCUAAAACAUCUCUGAUUAAUCCAAGUCAAGAAGGAAGUAGAUUUCUUAUGAUUCCAUAUCAUAGAACAUGAAAUUCCAUACCUUAGAAUGCCUCUUGAUAAGGGAGUACCCAACUCCAACACAUGAAGAUCUUGGCUAGGUAGAAUUGCACUUUACUUUCAGUAGUUGUAGAUACACAGUUAAGUUGUUCCACAGUAAGCUUAUGUUUCUUAAGGCUAGUGAAACAUAGUCCUUGGCUUUAUUUGAGACAUACUUGAACAGGGUAAUCAGUUAGACUUGACCAUUUUUACUCUUUGUAAAUUGGUCUUGCUGCCAAGCCAGAGAAUGAGGUGUAUAUAUAGAAAAGACAUAAGGUUAAAUCUAGGCUAGAAGGAUAAAGAGUUCCCCCUUGGUAGAUAGUGCCACUUGUUGGGUUAGUUUUUCUGUCUGUAUUGACUGACCCAGUCUUUUCCUAGUAGGUUAUUUUAUGUCUUUCUGUCUGUCUCUGUGUGUACCUAUACACACAUACAUAUAUGUAUACUAGGUAGCAAGCAGACACCAUGUCUUUCUGCUUUGUACCAUAAUACUGCUGCUAGCUAAUAACCAGCAAAAUGUAGAAAAUGAAAAAGGAAGAAACUAAUUUUUUGUAGACAACUAGAGAAGAGUGCUUUCCCCUGACUUAGGGGAGCGGAGAAUUGACUAUUUUAACAGCUGACUGCUCUAGGCCAAUGCUGCUUUAAUAGCAGGGUCAAGUCACGUCACUGUGUAUGUGGCGAUUCCAGCUCUAACUAUGAAGCUGGCCUAGGCUCAGAUAAUCCCCUGUGACUGGCCAUUGGAGUGGUAAAACUCCUGAGGCUGGUUCACAGCACCCAGAGGUCUCUUGCCAUCAACAGAUUGCAUACUAUUGAUGGACUAUAAUCCACCGGGGACUGUGUUCCUCAUGCCACUUCCAUUUCCAAGGUGAGAGUUUUAUUCAGGGACUCCUUGCUUGAGUCCCCAAUUGUUGACCUUGACUUCACAUCCAUUUCCACUCACCAAGGCAGAGUCAUAGCAGAGUUGUGUGACAAAGAUGUGAAUGAAAGGCAGCCAGAGUACUGGAAAAGGGCAGGUUUUCAGCCCAGCGGCCUGAGGAAUGAGGUUUUGAUUCAUGAUUGAAGACAGUUGUGAAAAGCAGCCAGCUGCAUGAACUUCACUUUAUGCCCCUUUCUGAGUGCAGAGAGAGGGAAGGAAAAGGAGCCAUGUAAAAUGCACACGUUCAGUUCAUUUCAGAAUGAUAGCUCAUCUUGUUCCAUGUUUAACUGGUUAAUAAUCUGGAUUAUGCACAUCCAGAGGUAAAAUGAAGAAAUUUUCACUUACAAGUGGGCAUUUCCAAACAUGCUAAAUUAACCUCCAGAGAGAAGUGCCUGUGAUCUCUGUUCCUGGUAUCACUUUAAAGCUUUUGCUUUAUGACUCUGUAGUCCUUUAAAAACUUUUUGCAGCAAAUGUGAUGAACAGAAGUUUACAAAGCAAUACUGUAGCGUAUUCGUCGUUUUAAAAGUCAAUUAACAUUCAUUUAUUGUUGCAAUGACAAUAAACCACAACAAAAUAAAAGGAGAGCAAAAAGUUCAGUGUGGCACCAUUGGCUUAUCUUAGAUUAAGUAGUUCCAUUGUUGUGUGCAGUUCUCAGUAAUGCCAGGAUUAAAAUAGUGGCAAACAUGUAUGUGUGUUUGAUUUCCAUUUGUUUGUUAAACAGCCGUUUUACUCUUGCACUGUAAUAAAUUGAAGGGAAAUUAAGACAAUGAUCCCCCCCUCAUUGCUAUUCUACUACCUCUAUAUGCUUGAUUUCUUUUUAGGGGUUCCCUUCUUCCAAAUCUGUACAAAAAAGUUUCAGCUCAUUUGUGUUGUAAUAGCAAUGUGACAUAGAUAGUCUCUGUGAAAGUUGUUUAUUCAUUAAAAAAGGUUUCCUAUUGUCUCA